AUGGCCAGCUUCACCUCCCUCCCGCCUGAGCUCGUCCUGCUCAUUGCCGCCCACCUGUCCAGUACAGCGGCCAUGAACGCGCUGGCACAAACGUACUGGCCUGCGUACCACCUGAUCCGGCCCGAGCUUCAUAAGCGGCUCUUCGAACGUCGGGUGGAGGUCCUGUUGUGGGCGGCAGGUACCUCCAACACUGUCAUCGUGGAACGACUUUUAAAGUCUCCAUUCGGCGUCCACCCUCAGACGGACUACCCCGCGCGAACACAGACCCCAUUACAUGCCGCCGCGGGCGCCGGAAGCCUUGAUAUCGUUCAUGCACUUCUGGCUGCAGACGCGGAAGCCGAUGCAAUCUGGACAACGCCCACAGGCAAUGUCACGCCUUUCCACCGCGCUUCCGACGGGCUGCACUUCGCUGUCAUGGACGUGCUGCUCGCGCGUGGCGUUGACAUCAACCGCCGCAAGAACCGCCACGAGCCCUUUCUCCACGCAGCAUGUGCCGCUGGCAACCCCGCGCUAGUGGAGUAUUUGCUAGAGCGCGGCGCGGAUCCGGCGAUCAGCGGGGACCACGGGCCGGCCCUUGUUUAUGCCCUGACGGCGUGCAGCCCAGCGCCUGAUGUUCGGGUCAUCCGACUCCUUCUUGACUACGGUGCAGACCCGAACUUCGAGUAUCACGACAGGCCAAUGCCGUACCUGCUUCUGGAGCUUCCGGCGACGAACUCGGCCGAGGUGCAGACGGCACGCACACAUGCGCUGGCAUUGCUGCUCGCUUACGGCGUCGGCCGGCAGGCAACGAUGGACUACCUGCGCAAGUGGCGCGGGCAUCUCGGCCGUGUCUUUGGUGUCGAGCCGGACCGCGCCCGACAGAAGGUGCGGGAUGCGUUUAGGGAGGCAGAGCGGGCAAUCCCCGACGUGAUGGGGCGGUGA